UUCCCCCUCCGGCUCCCGCUGCGAGCGCCUCGGUGCCGUGCAGUCAGCAGGGGGCAUGCACAUAUAGUUAUAAUAAUAAUAAAAAGAAUGCAUUUCAGGAAAACCAGCUAAGACGAGCCUCCAUCGCUUCGCCCGCCCGCUCCGCAAACGCAAACACGGCUGCGGCGGUGAUGGAGCAGCGAGCUUAGCUUCAUGUGUCCGGCGGGACUGCCCCUGGCUUUUUUUCUGGGGAAGAUCAUAUUGGAUCAUAUUGUUUGCAGGACGUUGUUCCUCCUGCAGCCCCCCCAGUCUAUCCCGACGUAGUUGUGAAUUGAACAUGGCGACUGUACCAGUGUAUUGCAUCUGCAGAUUACCUUACGACGUGACCCAGUUUAUGAUCGAGUGCGAUGCUUGCAAGGACUGGUUUCACGGCAGCUGUGUUGGGGUGGAUGAAGACGAUGCUCCGGACAUCGACAUCUAUCACUGCCCAAACUGUGAGAAGACCCACGGCAAAUCCACAUUGAAAAAGAAAAAGAACUGGAGCAAACACGACACGGGGCAAAGCACAGACAUCCGGGCGGUUCAGAACGGCAGCCAGGUUUUCAUCAAGGAGCUGCGCAGCCGAACGUUCCCCAGCGCUGACGACAUCGUGGUGAAACUGAGCAGCAGUCAACUGACCCUGGACUACCUGGAGGAGAACGGCUUCAACGAACCCAUCCUGGUUCAGAAGAAGGACGGUCUGGGCAUGUCCAUGCCUCCCCCAACCUUCUACAUCAGUGAUGUGGAGAAAUACGUUGGUCCAGACGUCCCCGUGGACGUGGUGGACGUCACCAAACAGACCGACAGCCAGAUGAAGCUCAAAGAGUUUGUUGACUAUUACUACAGCACAAACAGGAAGAAGGUUUUGAACGUCAUCAACCUCGAGUUCUCAGACACCAGAAUGAGCUCUGUAGUGGAGAGCCCUCAGAUUGUACGGCGGCUGUCCUGGGUAGAAAACUACUGGCCCGACGACGCCCUGCUGGGGAAGCCGAAGGUCACCAAAUACUGCCUCAUCUGCGUGAAAGACAGCUACACCGACUUCCACAUCGAAUGUGGCGGCGCCUCGGUGUGGUACCACGUCCUGAAGGGAGAGAAGAUCUUCUUCCUCAUCAAGCCCACCUCGGCCAACCUGUCUCUGUACGAGCGCUGGAGGUCGUCGUCCAAUCACGGAGAGAUGUUCUUCGCCGACCAGGUGGACAAGUGUUACAAAUGCACCCUGAAGCAAGGCCAGACGCUGUUUGUCCCGUCAGGAUGGAUCAACGCAGUGCUGACUCCAGUCGACUGCCUGGCUUUCUCCGGACACUUCGUCCACAACCUGAGUGUGGAGAUGCAGAUGAGAGCGUAUGAAAUUGAGAAGAGGUUGAAGGUCAAGACUCUCACCCCGUUCCCCAACUUUGAGACGGCGUGCUGGUAUGUGGGGCGCCACUUAUUGGAGCGGUUCAAAGGUUUACACAAAGCCAAUAAGCAGCCAGCUCCAUACCUGAUACACGGUGCCAAAAUCAUCAACGGAGCCUUCAGAGCGUGGACUAAAAAGCAGGCUCUCCUGGAACACGAAGAUGAGCUACCAGAGAACAUGAAACCUUCCCAGCUCAUCAAGGACCUCGCCAAAGAGAUCAGGCUGUCAGAGAACGCAACAAAAGCCAUUAAGAGCGAGCCGAGCAUCAAGGCACCCGUGGAGGAACCAGCAUUUACCCACUCCGAGCCCGACGAGCCCGUUUCCCCGGCAACUAUCCCGUCUCCCAGCAGAGAAAAACCCAAGAAAAAAGCCCCCAAAUCCCAGAAGCCUCCAAAGGCGCCGAAGGCCCCCAAACCCCCGAAGGUGAAAGACGGGGAGAAGAAGAAAGUGAAAAAGAUAAAGGAGUUGUCGCCGCCUCCGAAGCCUUCCAGCUUUGCCGCCCUCGAGUCUCACGCCAAGGAGAUCUUGAGUCAAAUGGACCAGCAAAAGAAGCCAAGGGUUGUUAAAAAUGUCCUGAGUGUGUCCGAGAAGGAAACGUCAAAGCAGAACAACAUGGACAAGUUCGAAAUCAGAGAGCAAAACAAAAACAAGACAGAAGCCAAAUGGAAGUACAAGAACAGUAAGCCGGAUUCCUUGCUGAAAAUGGAGGAGGAGUGCAAGUUUGACAGAAUACCGCUGUCAGGCAAUAAAGACAGAUUCAGCUUUACUAUGUCUCACAGGAAACUAGCCAGCUCCAAGACGCUGAAACCUCAGACCAACUCAAGUAUUUUCGGAUCGUUACAAAACCUAAAAGAGGACAAAACCAAGCCAGUGAGAGACGAGUAUGAGUACGUCUCGGAUGAGGGCGAGCUGAAGAUAGAUGAGUUCCCCAUCAGGCGGAAAAAGAACACCGUUAAGAGAGAUCUUUCCUUUUUAUCGGACAUCAGAGAACCCCUUCAGCUGGCCAAAAAGGCGAAGUCCCAACCCUUAGUGACUAAGCAGAGCGUGGACUCCUCAGACGAAGAGACCCUGCACAUAGACACGGAGGCCAAGCCUGAGGUCAAGAGUCGCAACUCCAAGGUGAAGAAGAAGAGCGGAAGUGCCGCAGGGAUCCUGGACCUGCUGCAGGCCAGCAAACAAGUGGGCGGGAUCGACUACAACACCAACAGCCAGCCGCCUGCGUCUCCCAGCACACAGGAGGCCAUCCAGGGCAUGCUGUCCAUGGCCAACCUGUCCUCCUCGGAGACCCUGGAGCAGCCGUGGAGCAACAGCCAGUCGAAGAGCAACUCGCACGGCUCGCAGGCGUACAAGAAGAGUGGCGCGGGAGCCGGCGGGAGCAGCAACAACAAGCGGCCCACCAAGAGGCUCCCGAAGAAACCCCGAAAAAGCAGCAGCAUCGAGAGCCUGGACUACGACGACGACGAGCAGGAUCACAUGGAUGCGUGUUUCAAGGAUUCAGACUAUGUUUACCCAUCGUUGGAGUCUGAAGAGGACAAUCCCGUUUUCAAAUCGAGAUCCAAAAAGCGGAAAAGCAGCGACGACACUCCGUACAGCCCGACAGCGCGGGUCGGACCCUCGGUUCCUCGGCACGAGCGACCGGCGAGAGAAGGUGCCCGCGUGGCUUCCAUCGAAACGGGGCUGGCUGCCGCCGCAGCCAAGCUGUCUCACCAGGAGGAGCAGCAGAGAACCAAGAAGAAAAAGAAAAGCGGCAAGAAGAAGAGCGCAGCGGUGGAGGAGCCGCCAAAACACUCUCAGGACAGCAGCUCCCCGGACCACAACGCCGACUCGCAGGACGGCAGCCUGACCGACCACGAGUUCACCACCGGCACCGCCAAGUCCCCGGGCGGGCCGCAGCCCAUGGCGCCGGGGAUCUUCCUCAGCCAGAGGCGGCCGUCCGUGUCCUCCCCCAACAACAGCACCAACUCCACAAGUACCAACAGCAGCAGCGCCGCCAGGGCGGACCGACUGGGCCCCGCAGACGCCAAAGCGAAGCGACUAAAGAAAGGCAUGGCGACGGCCAAACAGAGACUGGGAAAGAUCCUAAAGAUCCAUCGAAACGGAAAGCUCCUCCUGUAGCACGCAGCAGCAGGCCGUUGAUGGACUGGGCCGGUUGACCGACUGGGCCCCGUCCCAGACUCGCAACCUGCUCGCUGACAAAAAGCCAACAAGAGGAGAAUUA